AUGAGCUCGAGCGGGGGCGAUGCGAAGCUGUUCGCGAGAGGCAAGGUCAGCGAGCUCCGCAUGGAGCUGCAGGGCGGUGGCAAGAAGGACAAGAACCAUUCCGCAAAGAAGAUUACGCUGAAGAAGAUUGUCGCCAAUAUGACCAUGAGCAAUAACGAUAUGAUCGGCCUGUUCCCGGACGUCAUCGGCUGCAUGACCAUACCGAGUCUCGAGAUAAAGAAAAUGUGUUUCCUAUUUCUCGUCAAUUACUCUCGAACGAAGCCGGAGGUAGCGUUGAAGGCGUUGCCGCUGCUCCUUAAUGACAUGAGCGAUAGCAACCCAUUGAUCCGAGCCCUGGCCCUCCGAACGAUAUCAUACAUCCACGUGCGAGACUUCGUCGAGGCAACCGUCCAGCCAUUGAAACACUUAAUGUCUGAUGCAGACCCGUACGUCCGUAAGACAGCUGCGUUUGCAGUCGCCAAACUAUACGAUCAUGAUAGAAGGCUGGUCGAAUCAUCGGACCUGAUCGAGCGGUUGAACAACAUGCUUCAGGACGAGAAUCCAACGGUCGUCUCGAGUGCAUUGGCUGCGUUGGUAGACGUAUGGGAGCGGAGUGAAUCCAUUACCUUGACAAUUGACUAUACGAAUGCGUCCAAGAUCAUCUCUAUCUUGCCAGAUUGCUCCGAGUGGUGCCAAACAUACAUACUUGAGGCAUUGAUGGCCUAUGUUCCCCGAGAAUCCUCGGAGGCACUCCUUCUCGCCGAACGAGUAGCGCCACGUCUCUCACAUUCCAACUCCUCCGUCGUUUUAACAUGUAUUCGUGUCAUUCUCUACUUCAUGAACUACAUUGCCGACGAAAAACAGGUCACGUCUCUAUCUAGGAAGCUUUCUCCACCACUCGUCACGCUGUUAUCUAAGGGGCCGGAAGUACAGUAUCUGGCUCUGCGAAAUGCGAUUUUGAUAUUACAGAAACGGCCCGAGGUGCUGCGGAAUGACAUCCGAGUGUUCUUCUGCAAAUAUAAUGACCCUAUUUAUGUCAAAGUGACCAAGUUAGAGUUGAUCUUUAUGCUGGCUUCGAAAGAUAAUAUCUCGGUGGUUUUGACCGAGCUUCGAGAGUAUGCUACUGAGAUCGACGUUCAUUUCGUACGAAAGGCUGUGCGGGCAAUUGGAAAGCUGGCUAUCAAAAUAGAAUCUGCAUCUAGACAAUGUAUCGAGACAUUGCUCGAACUUGUCAACGCCAAGAUCCCAUAUAUCGUACAGGAAGCAACGGUUGUGAUCCGGAACAUCUUCAGAAAAUACCCCAACCAGUAUGAAUCAAUUAUCAGCACUGUCAUUCAGAACAUUGAUGAGUUGGAUGAGCCAGAAGCCAAGGCAGCCGUUAUAUGGAUUAUUGGCCAGUAUGCGGACAGAAUCGAUAACUCCGACGCAUUCCUACAGGAUUACCUGGCUACCUUCCACGAUGAACCCGUGGAAGUGCAGCUAGCCCUUCUCACGGCUACCGUCAAACUAUUCAUCCAACGUCCUACAAAGGGUCAACAGCUGGUUCCGCAGGUUUUAAAAUGGUGCACUGAGGAGACGGAUGACCCCGAUCUUCGUGAUAGGGGCUUCAUGUACUGGCGUCUUCUCUCCACUGAUCCAGAAACAGCCAGGAAAAUCGUCAUGGGCGAAAAGCCACCCAUCUCAGCCGAUAGGGAGAAACUAGACCCGAAGACCCUUGAGGAGCUAUGUCUUAAUGUCGGCACUCUUGCAACUGUUUACCUCAAGCCUGUCCAGCAGGUCUUCCGCCUUGCGAGGCCAAAACGGCUCGCCCCAAGUCCUGCUCUCCAACAGUCUACGUACGAAGACUCUUCCGAUGCACCAUUCUACAUUCCCCUAGCUACCCUCCUAUCGCCUGGUCAGGGCGAUUCUGAUCCGAACGCUCAACACCUGGCAGGAACCCCAGGUAUGGCGCAGAAACCAGACAUCAGCGCCGCUGUAAAUGCUGCAGAUGUCUACUUCGCUGGAAUAGGGAACGGUCAAAUGGCUGCCAUGAGCCUGAGUGGCGGCGGUGUGCAGGGCGGUGAUAUGGUAGGAACCGCACCAGAGAGUCAGUAUAUCGUCAGCCAGAAUCAACAGCAGGUGUAUCAGCAUAAUAUGGGCGGUCCUACCGGGGAGCUUCUUCUUAUAUGA